CAAAUUUUCUUAUCACCACUAUUUGUCCGACUCACAAACUCUCCCCCAAUAAUUAAAGUCUCACGGUUUCAUUCAUUCAUCGACACUUUGAAGAACUGAUCUUCGUCUUCCUCUUGCCCUAUCAUCUUCAACCAAUCAGAGGAGGAGAGAGAAAAUUUCAACAGAUCCGAAGAUGAAUGACACCGAUGUCCAGAAGCAGAUCCAGCAGAUGGUUAGAUUCAUCCGCCAAGAAGCGGAGGAAAAGGCUAACGAGAUCUCCGUUGCUGCUGAAGAAGAGUUCAACAUUGAGAAAUUGCAGUUAGUUGAAGCGGAGAAGAAGAAGAUCAGGCAGGAGUAUGAGCGUAAGGAGAAGCAAGUUGAAGUUCGCAGGAAAAUAGAGUACUCUAUGCAGCUCAAUGCAUCUCGGAUCAAAGUCCUUCAAGCUCAGGAUGAUUUAGUUAAUUCCAUGAAAGAAGCAGCAGCCAAAGAGCUACUGCGUGUCAGUGGAGACCAUCAUCAUUACAGGCAGCUUUUGAAAGAGCUCGUUGUUCAGAGUUUGCUUAGGUUGAAAGAACCUGCUGUCUUAUUGCGUUGCCGAAAGGAUGAUGUGCACCUGGUGGAGCAUAUUAUCAAUUCAGCUAAACAAGAAUAUGCUGAGAAAGCUGAUGUACAUGUCCCUGAGAUAGUUGUUGACACUAUUCAUCUUCCUCCUGGCCCUGGUCAACAGAAGGAACAUGGUCUUAAUUGCUUUGGAGGUGUUGUGCUGGCUUCUCGGGAUGGAAAAAUUGUGUGUGAAAACACUCUUGAUGCAAGAUUGGAUGUUGCAUAUCGGAAGAAGCUUCCUCAGAUCCGCAAGCAUCUCUUUGAGGUUGCUGCUGCAUAAUGAGCUGUGGUCAGGAGAAACUCGUGCGUUCCUUGUCACCGAGGCCGUUAAGAUUUUGGAUAUAUGGUCAUUGACCACAAUCAGCCAUUUGUUUAUCGCUGUGAGACUAGUACAAAUUCUAUUUAUCCAUUCGAGUGACUAAGUUGAUUAGUAAGUACAUGAGUGUUUUAUGUAUUGUUCAUCAUACAUUAAAUCAGACAUCGAAUUCCUUAUUUUUCUUGCUUAUGGUCAUUGGAUCAAAUAAAUGACAGCUUCAGAUAAAAGCUGUGUUCCUUCAUUAGCUUGUGUAAUUUCGGAUAGUCUUAAGCAAUGAAUGGAAAUGUGGAACAUUGAGUUGUUAAUUAUCAGGUAUUAGGCCAUCUUUUAUUAUGGGCUUUGAGCAUAUGCUCCUGUUUUCCCGA